AUGAUUAAAUUUAAAAUAAGGCUUCUAAUAGCCUUUGUCGCCAUAUGCGUUGGCUGCAGCGCCGCUGUACUCUCAUCAGCCCAACUGCCCGUCGAAGCACGAGGUGGCGAUGGUGAUAGUUUCGAAGAAGAUGAUGACCCCGUUAUUUCGACCAGCUAUGUACUGCCAAAUCAAAUUUUCAAUGAUGGAAAACCCUAUUACGCUGCCAAAGAUCCCAUUUCCGGUCAAUUAGAUUUCAAUGUUAAAAAGCCAGCUGGUAUUGAGACUUCAGCAAAUGAAGUCGUUGAUCCGAAUGAGAAGACAGUCAUAACUUCUUCAUCGCCGAAUAUUCAUGAUUUUCUUAAUCUCCCGGUUAAAUAUUCAUCAUCGAAAUUUGUCUAUCCUCUGGUUUCAAGUUCUUAUGCGAAUUUGAAAUAUCAGGGAAGUAAUAAAAAUUAUAUCACCAAUAAGAAGCCGACGCAAGUGGUGCAGGCGACGCUGGCACCAAAUUAUCAUACGGCCAAUUAUUUUACAUUGCCCACAACUAAAUUGACACCGGUGCCACCAACACAGCCCAGCAGUUCGACAAGUAGUAGUACAACAACGACAACAACAAGUACUACAAGUACCACUAAGAAGCCCACCACAACUUCUACGUCGACUUCAACAUCAACAACCUCUACUUCGACCAGUACCACAACUUCCACAACAUCGACAUCUACAUCGACCACCACCACCACAAAAGCUCCAGUUCCAACCCAAACCACAUUGGCCACAUCAUCUGCCAAAUAUACCACAUCGAGUAAGCGACCAACCACAACAACUACCCCGGUACCCAAGACCACCACAACCCGUAAGAAGUUUGUGCCCACCAAGAAAUAUAGCCCUUCGACGACAGGAUCUACAAGCACCACCGCCAUGCGUUUCCCCGAUCAACAGCAAUUCAAUGUGACAACGAAACCCACCAAACCAACAACAACUGCCGUGCUCACCACACGCCAUCCCACACCAUCUGCUGCCAUUUUCCCCACUGAAGCCACAGAAAGCAAGGACUGGUAUCCCGCUCCACCCAGCACAAGUACCACCGGCCAACCUGUUGUUUUCACCGAAGAUCCUACAUCACCACCCGCAUUCAGUCCUCUGCCUACUAGCACCCGCAUACCCGAACUCGAUCCCGCUGAUGUUUAUCACACUUUGGAUCAAAAGAAUGUGGAAAAUAAAUUCGAACAAAAACCUAGCAUGACUUUGGCCGAUAUUUUCAAUAGCUUGGCUGAGGAAGAAUCCGCCGUGGCUGCCGUAAGCAAUCCUUCGCAUCAGGGACUGGAUGCCCAAGGCAAUUUAAUGGAACCCUUAGACCCUUCGAAACCAUCACCAUUUGCCAUGCAACAAAAUUCGGCACGUAGACCUCAGGCUCCACCCACAAAGCCAACCUUCAGUGCCACCAGUAACGCCCCAUCCUCGCUCAAUGGUCAGGUGAUUUCCGGCAAUCAAGAGAACUUCAACAACGAAUAUGUUUCGUAUCAAGUUCAACAACCCAAUAUAAUGCAAUAUCGUCCCGCACCAGGAGCCAUAAAUAAUGUGGUCAUUUCGCCUGGACAAAAUUCUGCCUCCUUUGUUUUGGGUAGUCAACAGCAAGUGGGCGCCAAUUCAUUUGGCAGCGUUGAAAAGGAACCACUAUUCUCCAAGGAACAUCCCGUCCAAUAUGGUACCGUUAUCAAUGAGGACAUUAGCACCUUGAAUCGCCAGCCACCUCCCAGCCCACCAACACCUUAUCAGGAAAUGCCCAAACCCGUUCCCACUUCGAAUUUCCAUCAAAAUGGUAACUAUGGCACGGAUGCAGUGAGACCUGAUAUUCCCAGACCUUCGGGUAAUAAUGUGUACCAAGAAGCCCCACCAGCUGCUCCCUCACCAUAUCAACAGUUGCCAUUGAUUGGUUCAAAUAUUCGAAAUAAAAAUCCCGCUCAAAAACCCCAGCCACCUCAACAGCAACAACAACAAUCUCCAGUAGCCAUGCAAGGAGCCGGCGUUGGAUCUGUCCAAUCGGUUGACCCUCAAGAGAAUGCUGAUCCCAAUUCGAUCACCUUGGGUUCAAAUCAAAAUACCAAAGAAUUAUUAGUAUCCACAAAUAUUCGUUUCCCCGCCAAUGAAGAACAAUCGGCUGAGGUACCCUCGCUACCCGUUUCGAAUGGACCACCAGCUGGACCCCAAGUUAAUGGUCACGCCCAACCCUUGAGUCUGCAACAAAUACAAAAUAGCAAUACUGUUGUUUUCCCCAAAUCCGAAGAGACCGUUAGUGGUACGGUGGUAAGUGCUGAUCCCGCAGCUGUACAAAUUCAAAAACAUGAAGUUCUAACUAUGAGUCAACAUCAACAGAAAUUGAAUUUCCCGACAUCGAAUGAACCCAAUACUCCCGCCACCCACAUGGUACCGCCUCCACGAUUCCCACCACCACUACCCAACAGCAUUAACGAACAUGAAUUGCAAAAACCAAACCGCCCCCAUGUUUUGGAAAAAUUGCCCGCUUUCGAAGAAGAGGAUUUGGUUAUCAACGAUCCACCACAGCCCAUUGCUCCCAGCAAAGAGUCGUCUCUGGUCAAUGAUGCUAAAUUGGAACCUGUCGUCACCCUACAAAUGCUGCAAUCCCAAAAGAAGGCUGUCUCUUUGCCAAAUGACGAUACCGGUGCCGGUGAAAUUCAGGUACCCAGUUUAGAUGAAGCGGAAGAGGAAAUUAACCAAGAACAGCAUCACUAUCAAAUGCAACAACAACAGCAAUACCAGCAGCAGAUGCAACAACAACAAAAACUUCAGGAACAGCAAAUGUAUUCGAAUGUGAAUUUGGCCACACCGGUCAUUAAGGAAAUUCGUCAAUUCGAUGAUGAGGCUGCCGAUAGGGGACAUGAUGUCGACUUGCGGGGUCAGAAUUAUGAAAAGAAUUUCAUGGCACCCUUCUAUCCCAGCGUUAGUUUGGACUCAGUGACCAGUACACCAUCGAAUGGUUGGAAUAUUUUACAAUCGACCACCAAGGAACCUUUGUACAGCAAAAAUAACAUCGAUCGUUCGGAUGUGAACUCAGGUGAUUCCAAUAACAAUAAGGAAGAAGGACAGGAGGAUGAGGCCGCUGAGAGCACUACUUUGAAAUCUUUUGAAAUGGAUAAAUUCCAACCGGAGUUACAGGGAGGUUUCAAGCCCAUCUAUCCACCUGGUUACAAAUUGGCCAAUGAAGAUGAGGAGCAGGAACAAUUGCAGAAACAUGAAAGCAAUAAUAUGCCCUUGGCAUUGGCCAGUCGCAUGGAAUUGCCACUGCAUUUACAGCAAGCCGUUCCGUCGUCCUCCUCCUCUUCGACCUCUUCGACCUCAUCAACCACCUCCACCACAACUGUUAAACCUUUGUUAGAUGAAAAUAAAGAAGUCGACAGUAGUAGUACCAGUACCACCAAGGCCCCCGAAACCACCACCAAACGUAUUAAAUCGAAAUUCGAAACCAGUUUGGCAGCAUUGCUGUUCGGUGACGAUGACACCGAUGACGAAGUGAAUGCCCAAGCCGAGGUGCCACGAGAAGAACCGCAGGCCCGCAAAGAACCAACCAAAGCCAUGAUGAGUGGACCAAGAAGUAUACCACGCAUGGGGCUUCUAAUAGCCUUUGUCGCCAUAUGCGUUGGCUGCAGCGCCGCUGUACUCUCAUCAGCCCAACUGCCCGUCGAAGCACGAGGUGGCGAUGGUGAUAGUUUCGAAGAAGAUGAUGACCCCGUUAUUUCGACCAGCUAUGUACUGCCAAAUCAAAUUUUCAAUGAUGGAAAACCCUAUUACGCUGCCAAAGAUCCCAUUUCCGGUCAAUUAGAUUUCAAUGUUAAAAAGCCAGCUGGUAUUGAGACUUCAGCAAAUGAAGUCGUUGAUCCGAAUGAGAAGACAGUCAUAACUUCUUCAUCGCCGAAUAUUCAUGAUUUUCUUAAUCUCCCGGUUAAAUAUUCAUCAUCGAAAUUUGUCUAUCCUCUGGUUUCAAGUUCUUAUGCGAAUUUGAAAUAUCAGGGAAGUAAUAAAAAUUAUAUCACCAAUAAGAAGCCGACGCAAGUGGUGCAGGCGACGCUGGCACCAAAUUAUCAUACGGCCAAUUAUUUUACAUUGCCCACAACUAAAUUGACACCGGUGCCACCAACACAGCCCAGCAGUUCGACAAGUAGUAGUACAACAACGACAACAACAAGUACUACAAGUACCACUAAGAAGCCCACCACAACUUCUACGUCGACUUCAACAUCAACAACCUCUACUUCGACCAGUACCACAACUUCCACAACAUCGACAUCUACAUCGACCACCACCACCACAAAAGCUCCAGUUCCAACCCAAACCACAUUGGCCACAUCAUCUGCCAAAUAUACCACAUCGAGUAAGCGACCAACCACAACAACUACCCCGGUACCCAAGACCACCACAACCCGUAAGAAGUUUGUGCCCACCAAGAAAUAUAGCCCUUCGACGACAGGAUCUACAAGCACCACCGCCAUGCGUUUCCCCGAUCAACAGCAAUUCAAUGUGACAACGAAACCCACCAAACCAACAACAACUGCCGUGCUCACCACACGCCAUCCCACACCAUCUGCUGCCAUUUUCCCCACUGAAGCCACAGAAAGCAAGGACUGGUAUCCCGCUCCACCCAGCACAAGUACCACCGGCCAACCUGUUGUUUUCACCGAAGAUCCUACAUCACCACCCGCAUUCAGUCCUCUGCCUACUAGCACCCGCAUACCCGAACUCGAUCCCGCUGAUGUUUAUCACACUUUGGAUCAAAAGAAUGUGGAAAAUAAAUUCGAACAAAAACCUAGCAUGACUUUGGCCGAUAUUUUCAAUAGCUUGGCUGAGGAAGAAUCCGCCGUGGCUGCCGUAAGCAAUCCUUCGCAUCAGGGACUGGAUGCCCAAGGCAAUUUAAUGGAACCCUUAGACCCUUCGAAACCAUCACCAUUUGCCAUGCAACAAAAUUCGGCACGUAGACCUCAGGCUCCACCCACAAAGCCAACCUUCAGUGCCACCAGUAACGCCCCAUCCUCGCUCAAUGGUCAGGUGAUUUCCGGCAAUCAAGAGAACUUCAACAACGAAUAUGUUUCGUAUCAAGUUCAACAACCCAAUAUAAUGCAAUAUCGUCCCGCACCAGGAGCCAUAAAUAAUGUGGUCAUUUCGCCUGGACAAAAUUCUGCCUCCUUUGUUUUGGGUAGUCAACAGCAAGUGGGCGCCAAUUCAUUUGGCAGCGUUGAAAAGGAACCACUAUUCUCCAAGGAACAUCCCGUCCAAUAUGGUACCGUUAUCAAUGAGGACAUUAGCACCUUGAAUCGCCAGCCACCUCCCAGCCCACCAACACCUUAUCAGGAAAUGCCCAAACCCGUUCCCACUUCGAAUUUCCAUCAAAAUGGUAACUAUGGCACGGAUGCAGUGAGACCUGAUAUUCCCAGACCUUCGGGUAAUAAUGUGUACCAAGAAGCCCCACCAGCUGCUCCCUCACCAUAUCAACAGUUGCCAUUGAUUGGUUCAAAUAUUCGAAAUAAAAAUCCCGCUCAAAAACCCCAGCCACCUCAACAGCAACAACAACAAUCUCCAGUAGCCAUGCAAGGAGCCGGCGUUGGAUCUGUCCAAUCGGUUGACCCUCAAGAGAAUGCUGAUCCCAAUUCGAUCACCUUGGGUUCAAAUCAAAAUACCAAAGAAUUAUUAGUAUCCACAAAUAUUCGUUUCCCCGCCAAUGAAGAACAAUCGGCUGAGGUACCCUCGCUACCCGUUUCGAAUGGACCACCAGCUGGACCCCAAGUUAAUGGUCACGCCCAACCCUUGAGUCUGCAACAAAUACAAAAUAGCAAUACUGUUGUUUUCCCCAAAUCCGAAGAGACCGUUAGUGGUACGGUGGUAAGUGCUGAUCCCGCAGCUGUACAAAUUCAAAAACAUGAAGUUCUAACUAUGAGUCAACAUCAACAGAAAUUGAAUUUCCCGACAUCGAAUGAACCCAAUACUCCCGCCACCCACAUGGUACCGCCUCCACGAUUCCCACCACCACUACCCAACAGCAUUAACGAACAUGAAUUGCAAAAACCAAACCGCCCCCAUGGUGGUCCACAAUAUCCCUUCAAUGAAUAUACCCGAAAACCCAUACCCGGUAUUACUCGCCCCAACCCCGACCGUCAUUUACCAAAUAUUUUACCACAAUUCCGACCAAGCUCGAAGGUAUCCACUGGCCAUCCCCAACAGACUAAUUUCAAUCAGGAACCCGGAAAUAUUUUAGUAGGUGGACCUCAACCUCCUCACCUGAAGCGGGGUCCCAAUGUAGGAAAUCCACAAUUUUCACAUCGCCGCCAGCCUUUGGGUGGUCAACCUAACCGUUAUCCCUUGAAUCGUAAUGUGGAUUAUCCCUCAGUUGGACCACCACCACCCCAAUUAGCUCCGCAUGAAAUUGCCAACAGACGUAUUUAUCGUGUCUCACCUUACGGCGGACAAGGUAUGCAAUAUUUGGAACGUCCUGGUGCAUACCCACCACUACGUAGACCCCAUAUGCCACCACAUGGCUUGAGACCAGCUGAAUCGUUGAAUGUGGAGAGACAUGUUAUGUCGCCAGUUUUGGAAAAAUUGCCCGCUUUCGAAGAAGAGGAUUUGGUUAUCAACGAUCCACCACAGCCCAUUGCUCCCAGCAAAGAGUCGUCUCUGGUCAAUGAUGCUAAAUUGGAACCUGUCGUCACCCUACAAAUGCUGCAAUCCCAAAAGAAGGCUGUCUCUUUGCCAAAUGACGAUACCGGUGCCGGUGAAAUUCAGGUACCCAGUUUAGAUGAAGCGGAAGAGGAAAUUAACCAAGCUGCCGAAUCGAAUAAUCGCAAUGGCCUGUAUGUGGUCUACCCCUUGGCAGGUGAUAAGAAAUCCGGUGAUAAAGUUUCGGAUGAUUUGAAAAAUAAACUGCCCGCCGUGGUUCAUGUAGAACCUCCCACAGGUAGUGAAUACCAAAAUACACCCUUCUCCGUGGUCCGUGAUGAACCGCAGGAACCAAUUCUGAAAAAUAAGAAACCCGUUUCCCUGCAACAACAACAAAAGGCUCAAGCUGCCAAAGAUACCUUCCCAUAUCCGAUUGAAAAACCUGAUCCCUCUUACAGUGAACUGAAUAAGCCGGCUAAGGUACCCGGUGUACUGAUUGCACCCAAAAUCAUUAAUGGAGCCUAUGGUACGGGUACUGUGGCACCCAUUGCCAUUGCCUACACACCCACUGAACCCACACCCCACAAACAACAAAAACUUCAGGAACAGCAAAUGUAUUCGAAUGUGAAUUUGGCCACACCGGUCAUUAAGGAAAUUCGUCAAUUCGAUGAUGAGGCUGCCGAUAGGGGACAUGAUGUCGACUUGCGGGGUCAGAAUUAUGAAAAGAAUUUCAUGGCACCCUUCUAUCCCAGCGUUAGUUUGGACUCAGUGACCAGUACACCAUCGAAUGGUUGGAAUAUUUUACAAUCGACCACCAAGGAACCUUUGUACAGCAAAAAUAACAUCGAUCGUUCGGAUGUGAACUCAGGUGAUUCCAAUAACAAUAAGGAAGAAGGACAGGAGGAUGAGGCCGCUGAGAGCACUACUUUGAAAUCUUUUGAAAUGGAUAAAUUCCAACCGGAGUUACAGGGAGGUUUCAAGCCCAUCUAUCCACCUGGUUACAAAUUGGCCAAUGAAGAUGAGGAGCAGGAACAAUUGCAGAAACAUGAAAGCAAUAAUAUGCCCUUGGCAUUGGCCAGUCGCAUGGAAUUGCCACUGCAUUUACAGCAAGCCGUUCCGUCGUCCUCCUCCUCUUCGACCUCAUCAACCACCUCCACCACAACUGUUAAACCUUUGUUAGAUGAAAAUAAAGAAGUCGACAGUAGUAGUACCAGUACCACCAAGGCCCCCGAAACCACCACCAAACGUAUUAAAUCGAAAUUCGAAACCAGUUUGGCAGCAUUGCUGUUCGGUGACGAUGACACCGAUGACGAAGUGAAUGCCCAAGCCGAGGUGCCACGAGAAGAACCGCAGGCCCGCAAAGAACCAACCAAAGCCAUGAUGAGUGGACCAAGAAGUAUACCACGCAUGGGGCCACGUAGUUUGAAAAUUUAAAUUA